AUGGAAUCAACUGCGAUGAAAUCAACGAGCAAGGCCGAGUUAGAGCAUUUCCAUUUGGAUAAUGUCGAGACGGAGGCUCUGCGGGUGGAUUACACCACCGCAGAGGAGCGCAAGGUAAUUUGGAAGUGCGACCUACAUGUCGUACCGAUCCUGAUGCUUCUUUAUUUACUCGCCUUCCUGGAUCGUAUCAACAUCGGAAACGCACGUUUACAAGGCCUCGAAGAUGAUUUGCAGAUGGAGGGUCCGUAG